CAAUGCGCAUACUAACCUGUGAUACUAACUGCACGUGUAUAAAAUUGUAAAAUUAAUUUUAGAUUAAAUUCUUUUGAAAACUAUGCCUCCUUUCAGAAAAGGUUUGGCCAAGAGAAAAAUUGAGGCUGAAGAAACAAGUAAAAAUCAAGAUGACGAUGAGUCGAGCAGCUCGGACGCUGGCGAGGACCUGAUGCCGGGUGAGAUAGACGACGAGGGAGACGCCACAGAUUCCGAGCAGGAGGACCAAGCGGCUUCAGACGUGGAGCAGGAUGAGGUGCUUUUCAAUGAGAGUGAUGAUUCAGUCAUAGAAGAAGAUGGUUCAGAGGAAGAAGCUGAGUCCUCAGAAUUGGAAGAUUCAGAGGACGGAGACACAAGUGAUGAAGGUGACAAUGAUGAUGAUGAAAGUGAUGAGAAGGAAUCAGAGGAGAGCAAUGACAGUGGAGCAGAAACAGCCACUGCCACCCCACCAGUGUCCAGCGAUGAGGCCAAUAAAAAAGAAACAAAAAAGACAAAACAAAAAGUUAAAAAGAAAGAAAACAGUCAGAAGGAAACAUCAAAAAGUAUAGAUUUAUUGUCAAAGAAAAUAAAAGAGGUAGCAACACUACCCGUACAACAGAAAGACGAGUACGAGUCAGGUGACACGUCGGACGAGGAGGACCGUCGGAACACGGUGGGCGACGUGCCGAUGUGGUGGUACAACGAGUACCAGCACGUGGGCUACGACCUCGACGGCCGCAAGAUCAUCAAGCCGCCCCAGCGAGACCAGAUCGACGAAUUCCUCAAGAAAUGCGAGGACCCGGAGUUCUGGCGCACGGUGCGCGACCCGGCGACCGGCCAGGACGUCGUGCUGUCUACGGAGGACCUGAAGCUGAUCGAGCGCCUGCGCAGCGGCCGCGCACCCACUGCUAAUGAAGAGGAGUAUGAACCUUGGGUGGAGUGGUUCUCCCGCGAGGUGCUGGCGACGCCGCUGCGGGCGUUCCCCGAGCACAAGCGGUCGUUCCUGCCGUCCCGCUCCGAGCAGCGGCAGGUCGCCCGCAUCGUGCACGCGCUCAAGAUGGGCUGGACCAAGACUAGGAAGGAGAUCGCAGCCGAACGGCGCAAGCAGCGGGAGCGUCAUUUCUACGACCUGUGGGGUUCUACGGAGGGGGCGGAGCGUCGCGGCGCCCGCCACAUCCCCGCCCCGCGCCGCCCCCCGCCCACACACGCCGAGAGCUACAACCCCCCGCCGGAGUACUUGCUCGAUAAGAAGGAGAUGAAGGAGUGGGACCGCCUAGCCGAAACACCAUGGAAGCGCAAGUACACGUUCCUGCCGACCGCGCAUACCUCCCUGCGCGCCGUGCCCGCGUACCCGCGGUAUAUCCGCGAGCGGUUUCUCCGCUGCCUCGACCUGUACCUCGCGCCGCGCGCCAUCAAGAUGCGGCUGACGAUCAGCGCCGACGACCUGGUGCCCAACCUGCCCUCCCCGCGCGACCUGCAGCCCUUCCCCACGGCGGAGGCGCUCUGCCUGCGCGGACACACCGGCCUCGUCCGCGCCGUCGACUUCGACCCCACCGGACAGUACAUAGUGUCUGCGAGCGACGACGGCACCGUCAAAGUGUGGGAGACGAGCACGGGGCGGUGCCUGCGCACGCUGGAGGUGGGCGGGGCGGUGGCGGGCGUGGCGUGGACGCCCGCGCGCGGCCUCAGCCUGCUCGCCGCCGCCGUCGGCCCGCGCCUGCUGCUGCUCAACCCCGGCGAACGCAUCGGCGCGCACCGCGUCGCCGCCCGCACCGACGAGCUACUGCGCGAGCCGCCGCCGCAGCGCGACGUCACCAUGGACGAGCGCACCGCCGCCGCCGUCACGUGGGAGGACAGCGACCCGGCCCAGUGGGCGCGCGGCGUGCGCCUCGCCGUCGCGCACUUCCGCCCCGUGCGCACGGUGGCGUGGCACGCGCGCGGCGACUACCUGUGCGUCACGCUGGCGGACGGCGGCGCGCGCGCGGUCGUCGUGCACCAGCUGUCGCGCCGCCGCUCGCAGCUGCCGUUCCGGCGGGCGAAGGGGCUGGUGCAGGCGGCGGUGUUCCACCCGUCGCGGCCGCAGCUGCUGGUGGCGACACAGCGCGCGGUGCGCGUGUACGACCUGGUGCGGCAGGAGCUGGUGCGCACGCUACGGCCGGGCGCGCAGUGGGUGAGCUCGCUGGCGGUGCACCCGGGCGGCGACCACGUGCUGGUGGGCUCGUACGACCGCAAGUGCGCGUGGUUCGACCUGGAGCUGUCGUCGGCGCCGUACCGCACGCUGCGGCUGCACGGCGGCGCGGUGCGCGCGGUGGCCUUCCACCCCCGGUACCCGCUGUUCGCGAGCGGUGGCGACGACGCGCGGCUGGUGGUGUCGCACGGCAUGGUCUACAACGACCUGCUGCAGAACCCGCUGCUGGUGCCGCUGCGCCAGCUGCCGGGCCCCGAGCGCCGCGACGACCUGUGCGCGCUCGACCUGCGCUGGCACCCCACGCAGCCCUGGCUCGCGGCCGCCGGCGCCGACGCCACUAUCCGCCUCUACACGUAAUAAACUCUACCGACCGA